AACAAUAUCAAUCCACACAAACAUGUCACGCUACUAUUCUUCAUCUUCUUCGCCCAUCAAAAGGCUCCUCGGCCAGGACAGGCCUCUUCAUGCCCUUUUCGGAGGCGGAAAAGUCGCGGACAUUAUCCUUUGGAGGGACAAGCGAGUGUCGGCCUCCAUACUCGCCGGCAUAUCGAUCAUAUGGACACUAUUCGAGGUUUUGGAGUAUAAUUUCCUUUCACUCCUUUGCCACAUCUCCAUCACUGCAAUGCUGCUGGUGUUCAUAUGGUCUAAUGGUGCAGCCCUUCUUGGACAACCACCUCCAAAGAUUCCUGAGCUGAUCUUAUCUGAAAAGGCCUUCACCAGAGUGGCACUAACCUUCAGAGCCAAACUCACACAGUUCCUGUCCUUGCUCCAUUAUGUUGCUUGUGGGAAGGAUCUCAAAUGGUUCCUCUUGACUGUUCUUUCUCUGUGGAUACUCUCUGUAAUAGGAAGCUGGUGCAGCACCAUAAGUCUAUUAUUUUUCGUUCUUGUUUGUGGGUUGACCAUUCCGGCUUUGUAUGAGAGGUAUGAGGAAGAGGUUGACUAUUUGGCAAGCAGGGGAAGUCAAGAUCUCAAGGAGUUCUUCAAGAGAGUUGACUCUAGAGUCCUUGAGAGGAUUCCAAGAGGGCCGGGCAAGAGAAAGUCAAACUGAUUGACAUGUGGGAAUAUAUAUUAAUAUAUGUAUGGAAAAUCAAGAUAUUAGUGCAAUUAAAUGCAAUAUGAGAAACAAUGUGGAUCAAAAUGGAAUGUAAUAUAUUAUACAAUUAUUUAUGACAUAAUAUAAUUUACAAUAA